AUGUCGUCGAGUUUGUUCUCUCGUCCAACGGCUUUUGGAGAUAGUCCGGCUAUGCAUACUGCAAUUGAUAAAACCAAACAACGACAUGCAUGUGGCAAAACAAUUGGUCUUAUUAUUGCUCUUGUUUCAUAUAUUCUUGCAUUAACAUUAAUCAUCGGUGAUCUUUUCUUCGAUAGUCAAGGUAAUAUUAUAAGUUUAUAUCUUUCUUGGAAGGGAUUAGCAAAACUUUCUAUAGUUUUCGGUCAUAUACUUCAUCAUUUUCAUGCACGCACUGAUCCAUUAGUACCACCUAAAAGUUGGAUUGCACCAAUUUGGAUGACUGUCUAUGGUUUACAAGUUCCUUGGUUACUCUAUGCUGUAACAACAUUAUGUCGUCGAAAUGGUGGCGGUGGUGAUAGUGAUUAUUUAUAUAAAUAUCCUCGUCCAGUACCUCAAAUGCAAUUAUUAACGUUUAGUCUUGCUUGUUGGUCACAUCUUUUAUUUCUAUUUCUUAUUCAACAUCAAUCCAAUGUCCUUGCAAUUAUUUAUACAAUUUUGGGUGCAAUGGCAUUAACAUUCUGUCUUGUAACAUCCAUAAUUCAUCUUCAUAAUUAUGAACGUGAAUUAUCUACAUGUCAUUUAUUUGGUGAUAUAUGGUCAAUAAGAAUAUUUGUUCAUAACGGUCUUAGUGUAAUGUUAGCAUGGCAAAUCGCAUUAAUUGGUUAUUCAUCUUUAUAUACUUGUAAAUCAUUAUUAUCAACAAAAUCAUUGUAUCAUAUAAAUGAAUCAACAUUAGAUAUUAUCGGUGUAUGUUUUAUUGCUAUAAUGUGUCUAAUAACAAUAGUUUAUAUUAUAUUAAUGUCAUGUUUCUUUUUUAAUGCAAUGUGUCAUGUUAUUGCUGGUUGGAUAUUUCUUGUUUUAUUAACAUUUAGUUAUUGGCAACAUCAAGAUCAACAAUCAAGUUAUCUACUUCAUAUAUCAUUUUAUUUAUCAACUGCUUUAUUAUCAUUUGUCGUAUGUCUUCAUUUAGUCUUAGCAUUUUUUCGUUAUUCAGGUACAACAUGGAGAUCAUUAACAAAUUCAAGUAAAAAUAAUUAUCGUCAUGCUAUUCUUCAAGGAAAAGACUAA